UACCUGAAGUUCUUCUUGAAGAUAUCUUGUGUAACGUUGCCUCCUCUCUAUUUUCUCUGUGUGUUGUGCUCUCCAGCGGCUGGUCAGAUGGCGAGUGAUUCUAGCGACGAUCCUGACGUCCGUGGUCCUAGUAGUCAUUAUCCAGUUCUUCAUAACGGAGAAGCCCCACCUGGAGCUGAAGGAGAUCCUGGACCAUAUUGUACCCAAUAACAGCCCUGCCCCAGUCCUCCGCCAUUCAGUGACUUUGUACCACCGCAACAAUACAUUUUACAUGGAUCUGUCUGAGUACUCUGGGCAGUACCCAGGCCUUCAGGAGUACCGUUGCCGUACCUUUAUAGAUCUCUCCGGAUAUUGCCGGACAUCGGAUCCUCUGAUCAUCUUGGCCGUGAAAUCUCACCCGGCAUCCCCUGAGAGGAGAAUAAUCUUACGUCACACCUGGGCUCAGCAGAGGAGGAUUCUAGGGUACAGGUUCCUCCCCGUGUUCCUCCUCGCCAACUCCGGCCAUCGGGCAGAGAUGGAGAGUUUGGUGGAGGAAGCCUCGAUUAACGGUGACAUUAUCCUGUGGGACUUCAUGGAGAGCCACCAUAACUUAUCCCUGAAGGAGCACUGCUUCCUGGAGUGGCUGCAUUACCGCUGUCCGGAGGCCAAGUACAUACUCAAAGCGGACGAUGAUGAGUUUGUGAACCCCCACUCUCUGGUCUCCUACAUCUCCACCUCCGUAAAGAAGUUUCCUCACCAGGUCCACGGAUUCUGCCAGUCACGGUGCCCAGUUGAACGCUGGGGUAAAUACGGCAUUCCCUUCAGUGUCUUCCCGUAUGAUUUCUACCCCCCAUUCGUCUCUGGUGGAGGAUUCCUCUACUCUGCCGAGUUGGUCCCCUUGCUUCUCAAAGCCUCGUCCACCAUCCCCGUCUUCCCCCUGGAUGAUGUCUACUUUGGUCUACUGGCUCUAGCUGCCAACAUCUCCUUCCACCACGAGCUUCGCUUCCGUACCUUCGGGCUGAAGUCCACCAAGAUUUGCCGCUUCCAGGACGUCCUGGUGGCCCAUGGUUUAUCGAGACGUCGGCUGCAAGAAGUCUGGGAUGCCCUUCCUUACGCCUCUCCGUGUCCACCCAGCGAUGAAGAGAAGCAAGAGUACGAGAUGAAAGUCAAAAGUGUACAAGAAAGUGACAGCGGAUAGUCACCAACUAGUUCUGACUUCAUAGACUUAUGGCCGUGUUAAAGUGUCAUCAGAUAUAUUUUUCACGUGAUGUCCCUACCUACUAAGUAAAUGCUUCCUCCUGCCUGCAGCGGAAUGAUGACAUCAUCUUAGCCUAAUCAGAGACACUGGACCAGAGUUCAAGAAUUACUUUUGAAUAAAAAGGGCCCUUUCACACGGGCGGACCAAUCGUGUCCGCCUGUCA